UUCAAUAAAGGAUCUGGAUUCCCCCAGAAUGAACGAACAGCCUUCAAGCUGCAAGGGCUUCUUCCACCAAAUAUCCAGUCGCUCGAUGAACAGGUUCAGCGUGCUUACCAGCAGUAUUGCAGCCAGCCAAAUGACCUUUCCAAGAAUACAUUCUUGGCUAGCAUGAAAGCGCAAAAUGAUGUGAUCUACUACAAGUUGAUUCAAACGCAUCUCAAAGAGAUGUUCAGCAUCAUUUACACACCCACCGAGGGCGAUGCCAUUCAGAACUAUUCCAGGCUGUUCAGAAAGCCAGAAGGUUGCUUCUUGAGUAUCAAAGACCAAGAUGCGAUUGACGAAACAUUGCGGAACUUUGCCAACGACGAGGUUGACUACAUCGUUGUGAGCGAUGGAGAAGAAAUUCUCGGAAUAGGUGAUCAGGGUGUAGGUGCUAUCUUGAUCUCUGUCGCAAAACUGGUCCUCACGACUCUCUGCGCUGGCAUUCAUCCAUCGAGACAAUUGCCUGUUGCGCUCGACUGUGGGACUGAUAAUGAAGAGCUGCUAAAUGAUGGUCUCUACUUGGGGCUGCGCCAAAAGCGAGUGCGCGGGCCGGAGUAUGAUCGAUUCGUGGACAAGUUCGUCCACAGUGCCCGCCAGCACUAUCCCAAUGCCUAUAUCCACUUUGAGGAUUUUGGUCUUAAUAAUGCGAAGAGAAUCCUGGAAAAGUACCAAGAUCAAAUACCCUGCUUCAACGACGAUAUCCAAGGCACCGGGUGUGUGACGCUUGCUGCAAUGAUGGCGGCGCUACAUGUCAGCAAAGUCAAGUUAGAAGAUGUGCGGGUCGUGAUCUUUGGCUCUGGGACCGCUGGUACCGGCAUCGCAGACCAGGUGACUGAUACAAUUGCUUCGAAGACACACAUAUCCAAAGAGCAAGCCUGCAAGCAAAUUUGGUGCAUUGACAAGCCAGGCAUCCUCCUCAAAUCAAUGGGAACUCAGCUAACACCCGCUCAAACACCAUAUGCAAGGGACGAUAACGAGUGGCCAGAAGGCGCGGACCACGAUCUUUUCUCCACCAUCAAGCAUGUCCAACCACACGUAUUGAUUGGCACAUCGACGAAGCCCAAAGCAUUCACAGAGCAAAUCCUCCGAGAAAUGGCAGAGCACGUCGACCGACCUAUCGUGUUCCCACUCAGCAAUCCAACUCGCCUCCACGAAGCCGUCCCGAAGGAUAUCUACGAAUGGACCGCCGGCAGAGCCCUCGUAGCAACCGGAAGUCCCUUCCCACCGGUCGAAUACGGCGGGCAGAAGUACGAGAUCGCAGAGUGUAACAAUUCGACCUGUUUCCCGGGCAUCGGACUUGGAGUUGUCCUUUCGCGGAGUCGCCUUCUCUCGACGAAGAUGCUAGUCGCUGCCUGUGAGGCUUUGAAAGCUGAGUCGCCUGCGUUGAAGGACCCUAACGCCUCCCUUCUACCAGACGUACAGGAUGUGCGAGAGAUUAGCAUCAAUAUCGCUGCUGCGGUGAUCAGGUGUUCGAUAGAAGAAGGAUUGGCGCAAGAGGAUGGUAUACCGUCCGACCUCAAGGAGCUGAAACUGUGGAUUCGAGCGCAGAUGUGGGAGCCGGUUUAUCGGCCUUUGGUGAAGCCUGAGUAG